CCGUUACAUUAGCUUCACCUCUUCAACAACACCUAUAUCCCUUCUCCCCAUUUUUCUUCGCUUCUCUGCAAAUCAAAAUUAUAUGCGGUUUGCUAAAAUGUGUCUUGUGCGGAAACCACAACCUCACACUCACUAAUUUCAACUCCAAAAAAAGAACAAAGAGAGAGAGAGAGAGAGGGAGAAUGGCGAAUUGGAUCUCUUCAAAGCUCAAAGUCGCCGAAACCUUCUUCGAACAGAUCGAUCAGCAAGCAGCAGAAUCUUUGAAGAAGAACGAACAGUCACGAUCUGACGAUGAUCAGAAAUUUGAUCUCCCAGCGAAAGCCGGGGGUUCUCUGUCUUUAAAGGAUCAAUUAAAGAAGAAAACACUUGAAUUUAACAAUGAAUACAACGGAAAAUUGAAUGCUGAUUUUGCUAUUAAUAAGAAUAAGAAUAAUGUUGUUCAUAACAAUGUUGUUGGUAGUGUCAAUGAUAAGGAGGUUUUGAAUGUCCCGAAAAUUUCUCCCAAACCUAGGGCAACGCUUACUGAUAGUGACUGGACUGAGCUACUUGGCACUCCUCCGAGUCAGAAUGCAAGUUCGCCAAAUCGGAGUAAUGGGGCACCUGCCAUUCGUGGGUUGAGAAAGGAGGGUAGGAGGCAAGGGAGUUUGGUUUCGAAUUCGUCCGUGGUCGAGGCGAAAAGGAAUCAGAAGGUUAGGGCUAAUAGUGAUAAGAAUAACAGUGGGGUGACAUCAAAGAGGUUGGAUUUAAAGUUGAAUGGGAAACCAAGUGAUGGAGAGGAGUCUGGCUCAUCAGCUAGGUCUUCAAGUGUUGAGUUGCCAAGUGAUGGUAAGGUUAUGGAUGGGAAAGGACCGGAGCAAAAUAAGAAUGUGGGUAGUGAGGUAGUUGGAGAAAGGAAGGAUGAGGGAAGUGAAGAAAAUGGCGGGCGUGUUGAAAACAAGGAUGCGGUGGAAGGGGAGGUUUUGCAUGUGGCAAAUAAGAAUUUUGCUUUGCUUUCUGCACCGGAGAAAAUAGAUGGGAUAUCUGAUGUGAAGAAGGGAGUUGGUGAUGUUUAUGGUCGCUUGAAAAGUACUGUGAAAGGGAAGCAGGGAACUCGGGCUGCAUCUAGAAGCUCUGUCUCGGAUGAUUUGAAGAAAAAUGAUUCGACUAGCGAUGAGAGCUCUGAUUCAGAUAGUGAUUCGGGUUCAUCAUCUGAUUCUGAAAGUGAACAGGAGAGGGAGAGAAGGAAGAAGAUUUUGGCCGAAAGAGCGGCAGCUAAAGCUGUGCAGGCCAUCAUAGAGCGGGAGAAUAUGGUUGCCAGAUUGGAAGGGGAGAAGCAGAGCUUGGAGAAAAUACUUGAAGAACGAGCAAAACAACAAGUACAAGAGGCUUCGGAGCUUCAGACAACGACAAUGGAAACAAUGGAAGCUGUUGACUUAGAAAAGCAGAAACAUAAUAAUACUAGAAUGGAAGUUCUUUCUAGAUUGGCUAAACUUGAGACCACAAAUGCUGAUCUUGCAAGAUCCCUUGCUACUGCACAGAAGAAUCUUGAACUAGAGAUUAAUCAGGUGGCAGAACUCCGGCAACAAUUUGAAUUAAAAGAAGUGGCUCUUGAAGAUCUCAGGAGGAGGAUCUCCAAGACUCACCAGACUGAAACAUUUCUAAACCAGGCUGCAGCUUCAAAAGGAGUUCAAUUUGAACGAGAGAUUCUUGAGACAGAGUACUUGUUCCUAAUUGAUAAAAUUCAAAGAUUGGAAGACAAGGCAAAGAAGCUAGAAGCAGAUAUUGAGAUGACAAGAAAGGAGAUGGAGGAUCCGACAGAAGUAGAAAUUGAGCUCAAGAGAAGGCUUGGUCAGUUAACUGACCAUUUGAUUCAGAAACAAGCCCAGGUUGAAGCGCUGUCCUCGGAGAAGGCAACCAUAGCUUUCAGAAUUGAGGCUGUUUCAAGGUUGCUAGAGGAAAAUAAGUCGGUGAUGAAUUCAAGUAAUUCGGAAUCAGGAAAGUGGGCAAUUUCUGACUCAAAGUUGAGGCCUAUGUUUGAGGACAAAAUCCGUGCUGGAAGGAAACACUUAGGAUCAUUGGUUCAGCAGCUAGACGCUAUUUUCCUUGCUGGUGUUGUGUUUCUAAGGAGAAAUCCAGCAGCAAAAUUGUGGUGUCUGGUCUAUCUUUUAUGCCUUCACGUUUGGGUCAUUUACAUUCUUAUGGCACCCUCCCAAUCAUCAAAUGAGGGCAGAUCUGGUGCUGUUUUUUCGCUGGAAAAUCUCAACAAUACUGCAGGGGUGUAAUUGUUUGCGGUGUGUGUGUGUAUAUAUAUAAAUAUAUAUUAUAUUUUCCUCAGCUUUUUUGAGAGGUCUUGUAUCACCCAGUGAUAAAGCACUACCUUGCUAGGGUUGUAAUGAUUCAUGUAUAAACAAGAAAAGCAAUAAAUAUAUCAACGCAAAUUCCUUCUUUUU